UUCUUGUUAUCUGGUCACACUAGGCAAAGGAGAUUCGUUUCGCUUGCUUAAUUUUUUUGCUGCUCCUUCAAUAUGUCCACGAGAUCUUCAUUCGCCGAUGAAGAGCAGAACAAAGUGCCCCGUAUCAUGACCUUCCGUCCCAGCUACGAGGAGUUUCAAAAUUUUUCCGCCUACAUUGAGUACAUUGAGUCUCGGGGAGCACACUUAGCCGGCUUGGCCAAAAUCCAACCACCUGCGGAAUGGGUGCCCCGAAAGUCGGGCUACGACAUAGACAACAUCAACAUGACCAUUCCAGCGCCGAUUUGCCAAGUAGUCACUGGGGCGCACGGGGUGUACCAGCAAAUCAACAUCCAGCAGCGCCGGCAGAUGACCUUGCGCCAAUUCAUGGAGAAGGCCAACUCGGAGCUGCACCAGACACCGAGGCACUUCGACUACGACGAUCUGGAGCGCAAGUACUGGAAGAACAUCACCUACAUAUCGCCACUGUAUGCAGCCGAUGUCAAGGGAUCGCUGAGUGAUGAAGACCUUGACGUUUGGAACAUUGGACGCUUGGACACCAUAUUAAACUUGGUCAACACUGACUACAACAUAAUCAUCGAUGGGGUAAACACGGCUUACCUCUACUUUGGCAUGUGGAAGAGCUCUUUUGCCUGGCAUACCGAGGACAUGGAUCUGUAUUCUAUUAACUAUCUGCAUUUUGGAGCACCCAAAACCUGGUACGCCAUUCCGCCGGCGUAUGGCAGACGUCUGGAGAAGCUGGCGAACGAAACCUUCUCUGAGAACUACCAGGAAUGCAAUGCCUAUCUUCGCCAUAAGAUGACCAUGAUCAGUCCGAAGGUGCUGCGCCAGCACAACAUACCUUACAACAAGAUCACGCAGGAAGCGGGCGAAAUCAUGAUUACAUUUCCCUUCGGCUACCAUGCCGGGUUCAAUCAUGGCUUCAACGGCGCCGAGUCGACCAACUUUGCGUCGAAGCGUUGGAUCGAGUACGGCAAGCGGGCUAGUAUUUGCCGAUGCCGCAGCGACAUGGUUAAGAUCUCGAUGGAGACCUUCGUACGCCGUUUCCAGCCAGAGCGAUACGAUAAUUGGCUGAAAGGUCAGGACAUGGGCUGUCAUCCCGAGGAGCCGGGUAAAAUAUGCGCUGCAGCACCACCCACUUUGAAUGAGUACGAGAAACAGGAAAACUUACGUGCAGCCAAAUCCGAAGAAGAAUCUCCGCAGAAGCGAGGCUGCUCGCUGGCCGGCAAUGGAUGUGAACGAAACGCGGAGUCCGCCGAGGAUGUCGACGAUAAGGCCAGUGUGAGCAGCUAUAGCAGCUGCCGCCAGCUGCAGCCAGUUGUCAAACUACGCAAACUCCCAACCAUUGCGUCUGUACCUGAACCAUCUUCCGCCCCCAAGAGAUACGACUUCAAUACUGAGGCUGUGGUGCGCGUAAAGCGCCUAUGGAAUGAACUGCCCUGUCCGGAUCGAGGGGCCAACCUGCUCACCAACGGUGUAGUAAAGAAUACCAAACGAAUGCGCUUCCAGACAAAAGUACUCACACUUGACGACGAGGAUUGAGGAUUCCAGAUGUGGCACUGCUUGCUGGCAGUUUUUGAUCUCCUUGUUAGAUUUUCGCGCCGCAGCAAUCAAAGAUCUAGUAGUGAUAUUCUUUGGUAAAUUUUUAUACAUUUUAAGAGGACAUGACGACAUAACUAAGAAGAUAUGUGUGUAUAAUUUAGAAGACAAGCAAAUUCGUGCAAACAAAUAUGUAAAUCUUUAAGCUGUAGCUGUAGGGCAGACUGAAUUUGUCCGUUCACAUUUUAAUUUAACAAGUGUCUGUUCCCACCGAAAGAAGUAUUGCAACACAAUUUAAAUCUGAAAAUGCCAAAAUCAUUUUUUAAAGAACACCCUAAAGGCCAAUGUCUAUAAUCACACAGAUAUAUCGUUUAAUAAUUUGAUAUGUUAUGACAUGUGUAAAAUUCUUUGCAACCAAAAGAGAAACGCCCACUAAAUUGGCAACCAUUUUUAAGGAACUAUCAG